AUGUCUAUUUUGGUCUUUAAGACCCUUUUAAAACCGAGAUAUUUUUCCAUUUCUGGCGAGCCACCGAAGGAAUUGUUGGCUCCUAUACCUGCAGCUCCUACUGGAAAAAUUCCUAUUUCUCAGAGAGGAAACCAUCAACAUAAUAAAAGAUUGUACGAUAGAGUGUAUCCCACAACAAAGAUCCCCUCAGCUUUAGUUCCGAGAUAUCCCAUCGAUUGGAGGAAUGCCGGUAGAUACAUUUUAACUGCCGCAAUCGCAAAGUUGGAGAAUAAGAGAAUUUAUAGACAUCCACAGGCCCUUAAAUUUCAAAAUUCUGGUUACUGCGGAGAGCGUUGUUCUUCAGUGUGUAGACAUUCCGCCUACAAGUGCCUCUGUUCUUGGAGAUUUUCUGGUUUAUAUUCCCAUAUAGCAACGAUUGAUUCACUUUUAAUGUCAUAUAAGGGAUCUAUUCCUACAAAGAAACCGAUUUUUUCGCUUCCUUAUCCUUUCGCGAAGAAAAAUACAAAAAAAUCUAACAAGCUCGUAUUUUGUAAGGAUACUAACACAUAUUUCAUCGUACGAAAAAGAUACAGAUAUCCAGUAUUUAACGCAAGAGAGGAUUUUGCUACUAGCAUACAUUCUAGUGCCAUACCAUUUGAUAGCAAUUCUGAUAUUUUUGAUGUUAGACGAUGA